AUGGCAGAAUUUGUAGAAAAAUCAUUGGAAGAAUUACUUCCAGUCUUUGAACAACUCAAAUUGGUUCAAUUGUUUUCUCCUGAGGAAGUUUGCGAUUUUAUUAAGAAUUGUCGUGAUUAUGAGUACAAAUUUUGCAAACAGACAAAAGUUGCCAAAGACUUUUUGGCGUAUGCAGCAUAUUUAGAAGAAAAAUUGGAUUUAAUUGUUGAACGACGAAAAGAAUUAAAGUUUUUACAUCGAUAUGAUCAAAUUGAAAGACCAUUAAAGCAUAAAUGUGCUCAUCUUUAUCGAAUAUGUGCUGCUAGGUUUAAGAAAAUGGAAUAUCAUAAUAAAGAAAUUGCUUUUCUACACAAUGCAAAAAUGCGCAAAUUAUGCAGUCAGGCUUAUACUCGUUUACUUCAAAUUUAUGCCCAUUUACCUGAAAAUCAUGUGAGAGCUGCUCGUUUUGAAUUUUUUGAUAAUAAAAGUGCAGAAAAUGCUCGAACAUUAAUUUUGAUGGGUUUGAGGAAAUUUCCACAAUUUAUUCCUCUUUGGGUGACACAUUUUGAAAUUGAAUUACGUUAUGUGGCAAGAUUACUUGAACGACGAGAAUUUUUAAUGAAAACAGACGAUCGUAGCAGCCAUCUACUUUCUAAAAAUAAUGAAGAGAUUAAAAAAUCAUUUGAUCCUAUCAAUACUGGAGAUGAUGAAUUUUUAAAAUUGAGUCUUGCAAAAGUUGUUUUUGAAAUGGCUGUUAAAACAAUUCGGGAAAGAGGACUUAAAGCAGGAUUAAUUCGUCAAUUUAUUCAAAUAGCUGAAGAUUGUGGUGAAUUUACAAAAGAUUUGGUUUUAAGUAUGCGUGAAUAUAUGAGUAUUUAUGGGCUUGAAUUGGAAGAAGAAAUUGACCAAAUGGAGGUUCCAAAUGAAGAUUUAUUUGAAAUUGACACAAAAAGAAUGGGAAUUGAUGAAAUAAAAAAAGAAGAAGAAGAAAAUAUAAAAGUUGAAAGGAAAAGUGUUUUGGAUGGUUUUAAUGCAGACGAUCCGGAAAUUAAAAAGUUACUUGAAAAGGCUUCACUUACAGAAGUAAGUUUCUAA